CCAUUCUUUUGUUUUAAAUAUUGAAAAGAAGAACAAGAAUAAAAAGUUUGUAGAAGAACGGAUGGCGAAAACAUGGGUAGCUGUGGUGUUAUCCGUGAUGCUACUCGUUUCCAUAAACUCGGUGACAAUUUUGGCUGAGGAGGAACAGCCUACGAUUGGGUCGAGGAUAGACUCAGCCGUGACAGGCGUCACCAAUGCAUUCAAUGAACACGGUGGCCCAGACGCCGUAGAAACCGUAUCUUCCACCGCAAAGUCCGUUUACGGAUGGUUUGGUGAUAAAGCCAAGGAAAUGGGAAUUCAUUUCUAAAAGGAGGAAUAAGGAAAGGUCGACUUAUGGAUGUGGUAUAUAUGAAAACAAAAAUAGCUUGACCUAUCUGUAAUUGAUUUUAUCUAUUUAAUCUUCAUAUUCUUCAAUGCAUGAGCAUGAAUAUGUAAAUGUAACCCAAUAUCUUUAAACAAAAUGUUAUCACGUC